AUGGGUGAUGAUGGAAGACAUUAUCAAGAAUUUCGAGCACGACGUGUUGAUGGUACAAGUCCUGAUGGUUUGGAAGAUGCUGCUGCACAAAGUCGUCUUACACAUGAUCGAAUGUCAGCAGAAGAAUCUCGUUUAUUUCCAGAAAUUUGUAAAGGUGAUAUCAAACGACAUAAAGCAUUUUUAAUUAUUCGUAAUAAUAUUCUUCGAAUGUGGUUUGAUGAACCUCGUAUUCAAUUAACAUUCGAAAAAGUCAUGGAAAAAUUGAAUCAAAUUGAACCACAAUAUGCUAUCGAUGAACGAAUACUUGCUGGAAAAAUUUUUCUCUAUCUUGAACGUUAUGGUUAUAUUAAUUUUGGAGUUUUUAAACGAUUAACAACUCCACUUGGAACUAAAAAAGAUAAACCACGAAUUAUUGUUAUUGGUGCUGGUAUUGCCGGAAUAAUUGCAGCACGACAAUUACAAUAUUUUGGAUUUGAAACAAUUAUUCUUGAAGGACGCAGUCGAGUUGGUGGUCGAAUAGCAACAUUUCGUAAAAAUGGUUUUAUAGCUGAUCUUGGUGCUAUGGUAGUCACUGGAUUAGGUGGUAAUCCAGUAUCUGUAUUACAAGCACAAACAAAUUUAGAUCUUGUACCAGUUAAACAUAAAUGUCCAAUGUAUGAAUGUUCACAGAAUGUGUUAGCAAAUUCAUUUUUAAAAUCAUUUGAAUUAAUUAAUUAUCGACGUCGAUAUCUUCGGGUACCAAAAGCAAAAGAUGAAGUUGUUGAACGAGAAUUUAAUCGUUUACUUGAAGCAUGUUCUUAUGUAGCUCAAACACUUGAUGAAAAUAUUGAAGAAAAAAAACAACCAUAUUCAUUAGGGGAUAUUCUUGAACAAUUAAUUCGUGCACAAGAAAAAUCUGUAAGAGAAAAAUAUUUACAACAUUUACGUGAAAUAUCAAAAAUGAAAGAAUCACUUCGAUCAAUUUUAACACAAAUGUGUGAUGUUCGAACAAAAUGUGUUCGAUUACAUAAAGAAUAUUCGGAAGUUUUACAAGUACCCGAUAAUGCAAAUGUACUUGAAGAAUUUGUUAUACGUGAUGUGGCUAAAAAUUUAGUUGUAGCUACUGAGGAAUAUGCACGUCUUGAAGCACAAGCUGGACAAUUAAAAGAACGAAUUCGUCUAGCUGAAGAUAAUCCACCUCCUCGUCUCUAUCUAAGUGUUGCUGAUCGUCGUAUCCUUGAUUGGCAUAUGGCUAAUUUAGAAUUUGCUAAUGCAGCACCAUUAAAUUGUUUAUCAUUGAAAUAUUGGGAUCAAGAUGAUGAAUAUGAAUUUACUGGUUGUCAUCUAACUGUACGUAAUGGCUACUCUAUUUUACCUUUGGCUCUUUGUGAAAAUCAAAAUGUACGACUUAAACGAAUAGUUAAAAAAAUUUCUUAUAAUAAAACAGGUGUUGAAGUAAGUGUUGAAAAUGGUGAAGAUUCAAAAAAUGAAAUGAUUGAAACAUAUCGUGCUGAAGCAGUACUUGUUACUGUACCAUUAGGUGUAUUAAAAGAAAAUGUUAUUAUAUUUGAUCCACCAUUACCUGAAGAUAAACAAUCAGCAAUUGAUCGAGUUGGUUUUGGAAAUUUGAAUAAAGUUGUUUUAUGUUUUGAUAAAAUAUUUUGGGAUGCAAAUCAUACAUUAUUUGCUCAUGUUAAUGCUUCAACAUCAUCACGUGGAGAAUUAUUUCUUUUCUGGUGUUUUACUAAACCACCUGUACUCAUUGCUUUAGUAGCUGGUGAUGCUGCUAAUGUUGUUGAAUGUGCAACAGAUGAUGUUAUUAUUGGUCGUACACUUGUCGUUUUAAGAAAUAUUUUCGGUUCAGUUACUGUUCCUUCACCAAAAGAAUCUUUAGUCACUCGAUGGAAAUCAGAUCCAUUUGCACGUGGUUCUUAUUCAUAUGUUGCUGUUGGUGCUUCAGGAGAUGAUUAUGAUACAUUAGCUCGUCCAGUUGAAUGUCCUGGUGAUAAAAUUUCACGUGUUUAUUUUGGUGGUGAACAUACAAAUCGAAAUUAUCCAGCAACAGUCCAUGGUUCAUUAUUAAGUGGUUUACGUGAAGCUCGACGUAUAGCUGAUGCUUUUCUUGGUUCGAUAUAUGAAAUUUCGGCACCCUAA